AUGGAGCUGGAGGAUCAGCUUGUGGUGCUCGAAGGCACGCCAAAUGUGUCGCAGGUAAACUCUCGAGAUAAGGAUAUCGGCGAAGAGUUGGGAGAAAUUCGUAUGCAAUUGUCUUCUCUGGAGAGGGAUGAGAUGGCUAAUACGGUAAGCGAGAUCUUAUUUAGAAUUAAAUGAUUGAAAAGGAAUUAUUUCGUGAAUAGUUAAGAUAAAAGUAAAAAUUUUAUUUGCUAGAGUUAUAUAUUUUACUUUUUUUAUUUUACAACUUGUUAUUAAAAAAAUUUACGUGUUCCUAAAGGGGAGCCGACUUCAGUCUGUGUUUUUGAAUUUAUGCAUGACCUAAAGUAAGUUAUUAGAAAAUUAUAGAGAAUUUGAUUUUAUUAUGGUUCAGAGUUUCGAUAGAUAGAGGAAGUUUGUUACGUGUUGUGUUGGGGAAGCCUAAUAAGGCUUUCCCAAUACCAAUUAUAACAAUGAAGCUGUCGCAAAUGGCAUAUGAGGAUGUUAUCCAAAAAACCAGAGGUGAUGGAAACAAUCUGUCUAGACUGAAUGAGAAAAGAUUUGGAGUUAGUGUAAGUUAAGUUUGCUAAUGAAGUUAAUUAAAUUUUGAAUAAUCUUAGGAUAAACGAAAAUGGAUACGGAUUGAGAUUGCGAAGUCAUUCGUGGAAAGAAUGCAUGAAAGCAUAUUCAUGGGAGUUUACAUGUAAUAGGAUUCUAAUGAGAAAUAUGAGAAAAUUUUUUAAAUUUAUAGGGAUGUACAACGUAAGUUUGGGAUUGCGGAUGAUUUGACUGUGAGGCGUCAUCAGUUAAAUAAAGGGAUCGAUUUCGUAUUCGUUACCAAGGAAGGUAGACGAAUAACGGUGAGUAUGAAUUGUCACGAGUUAAUUAAAUUUUAGAGUAAUAUGAAGACUGUACCAUAUGCUGAUUUACCUAAAUUUUUCCCAGGUGAAUAUCAAAACUCGGUAGAGGUAAGUAGAAAUUAAUUAAAUCAAUAAAAUUACAUAAACUAUUAAGUAAGAGUUAUUUAGAAGCAAGCUAGCAAUGCUCGGAGAAUUCGUACAAUGAAUCGAAUUUUUAUGCAAUGGGGAUUUACGGUUGAAUUCAACGGUCAAAAAGCUCGGAUUUGCGGGAAAGGCCGACGAGGAAAUUGCCAAGUUUGGAAAAACCACCGGUGGGAGGUAUAUAGUUAAAGAAGUUAAUUAUUAAUUAUAUAUAUAAAUUAAUUAUAGGAAAGGAAAUUUUGAAACGUUGGAUUGAAAAGUUUUCGACUCCGGAAAGUGUUGUGAAGGAAAGAAACAUAGGGGAUAAGGAGAGAGAAGGCAGUGGAGGUGUGUUAAAUGAAUUAUGAUAUUAAAAUAAAUAUUAAUUCCUUUAGGAAAGAAGCGGCGUCGUUGGUCAGAUGGAAAUCAAAGUUUGGCGGUCAAAAACGGAAAGAGGAGGUCCGAUGAACGUCGUGGUAAUUCGCGGGAUGAACGUCGUGACGAAGUUUCCGUAAGAGGCCAUCGAAGCUCCUUUGGAAGAGGUGUGAGAAAUUAAAAGUAUAAUGUUUGUUUUGAUUUUUGUUAUAUUCUAUAGGUGUGAAUGUUAAAUGUUCAUUAUACAGUUGUCGUUGGAUGAGUAAAGUUAAGUUUUAUUAUCAAAAGUCUUUUGAAAAAAGCGAUGAAUCUUCCUUCGAUUUAUUUUGACAGUUAGGUUCUCUUCCAAUCUUUAAGUUUAGCGGAUGGCUUUCUAAAAGAACUUACAAGUAAGGCAAUAUUUUCAAACUGAGCAAACCGUUCAGCUCAUUAUAUAGUCUGUGCGCCACGACUUGAAAUUUCACGGAACGACAUUCCGCUGUUCCGCUGCGUGCGUUCGCGAAGCGCCUUUCCAAUCUAGGUCACACUUUUAAUUGAUUGUUAUUGCUGGGGGAGCACAUGAAAGUAGAGUACCUUAAUAAAAAAGAAAAAAAAAAUUAAAAGCGCGACCAAAAUUCGCAAAGGCGCCCAGCGGCACAGCGGAAUGUCGUUUGAUGAAAUUCCAAGUCGUGGCAAACAGGCUAUAUUACAUGAAAAAAAUAUUUUUUUCUAUAGUUCUACAUAAGAACAUUCUACUGCCAAAGAUACCAAACUUUCGAAAAAUAGAUGAACUAUAAACACAAAAUGACUUACUCGAUUUGUCAAUUGUUUUUUUUUCUGCUACAGUAGGCGAUCUGCAUCGUUUUCUUGGGCCUGAGAGGGAAGUGAAAGUAGCCAAUAAAGAUGACGACAGCUUUUUGGAAAAUCUUCAUUUCUACCACGGGUAAGUUUUUAAUUGAAUACGAGAUCAAAAUCGAAUCGGAAAUGUUCAGCUUCCUACCGCAGAUGGAAUGUCGAAUGUUUAUAAAAAAGUCGGGAGACUUUUUGGUGCGGAAAUGGGAAGGUGAAUCAAAAUGGAAGUUGAGACUACUUGAUAAGGUUGUUCAGAGGAAGGACAAGAGUGUUUAAUUAUUUCUGUCGGCGUCUUGUUAGACUAUACGAGAGAUGGUACCGAGGGUGAUUUUUUUUUUUCGAACCUGGUAAAAAAAAUUUGCAAGCUAUUCCAAGUCGAAAUCACAGCGGUUAACACAUGUUUCCCGAGAAAGGCGAUAAACCGUUGGCACUAAAAAUUUCUGUUGCUUUUUCCAAAAUCAUACUUUUAUCACAACAACUACAUAGGGUUCUGAAACUUUUAAUUGAGGUUUUGAUAGACUCCGCCCCUAAAAAAAUCUCACUUCUUUCUCCUUCGUCCAAACUGAAUGAUCCUUUUGUAAACGAAAGCCAGUGACAAGAUGAACAUGUUUCGUUUAAUAACUUUCUUUCAAUAUUUUUUUCAAAAAAAUUGAUUUUCAAUGAAAAUCGUGCAAUUUUUUUCAGUUUCUGAUUUUUUUAUGGGAAGAACCCGCGAUCAGUCAAACUUUAUUUUUUUAACGAAGCUUCAGGAGUUUUUUUACCUAAGAAAAAAAAUAGUCAAUAUGUUUCACUUUCAAGUGAUCCAGUUGACCUCGAAAUCGUUGAACGCGUCAAACUCAAAGUUUAAAAAAAUGUUUUUUUUUUUUUUUAAAUAUAAUAGAACUUUUUCAAUGAGAUUUUUCAGUUCUUUUUCUAGCAUCUUUUAUGUUUGCCAGUUUUCAUCAAAGUUUUCAUCGCACAAUCCCCUUCUAGUACGAAUUCCAGACCUUGUCGAGAAUUUCGGCAAAAAUGAACCGGUAAGGGUCAAGGAUUUCCUUGUGAGACGCGACGAGGAGGGUAUCUUCAUUGACAGCAAGAUGAAUUUCAAAUCGCUGGAAGACUUGUUAACAUAUUAUGUACUUCACCCAAACAAGGUAAGAGCUAUUGAUAAAGAGGAUGAGCAUGACUUCGGAGGAAGCUUAAAAAAAUCAUUAAAAGGGCGGUUCUCCUGACUAGGGAACUACUCGGGCUCGGGUGCGUAUGAAGUUGAAACUGCGGUGGCUUAAAGACUUAGGUAAGAGAAACAAAAGAGGUUAUCUGCUAAACCACAUAAACUCCUGAAAAGAAAGCUUCUUGAAGAAACCCGAGAAGAGUCUUGUAAGCGCCUGAACCUUCUCUCACCGAGGUGAGCUGGCGCAGUGACUUGAGGGUCAGUCUCGUGAUUGACUUUUUUGAGUAGGUUCGAUUCCUGUUGAGGGCGAAUCUUUUUUGGAUAUUUUUAAAGACGAAGAUCUUUGUAAAAGUACGAAACUCGGAAAGAUUCGAGAGUUCUAUCAAAAUAGUUUCUUAUUCCCGGAGGGAUCCAGGAAAAAUGUUUUCUAGAUCGAAACAACGCUGGCAGACAUCGUAGUUGUACUGAAAAUUCCUUUUUUUCUUGACUUGUUUAAUUUUUUUGAGAAGCAUUUGAAUUAAAGAAAUGUUUUCUAAUCAAUUUCAAGACAUUUAGGACGUUUUUUGCCUUUUAGAGAGAAGCAAAAAAGAUUCGCUCUCGACAGGGAUCGAACCUACUCAAAAAAGUUAAUCAUGAGACUGACGCUUAAGCCACUGCGCCAGCCCACCUCGUUGAGAGAGGAAGGUUAAGGCGCGUACAGAACUCUUCUUCGAUAUUUUUCAAGAAGUUUUUUUCUCAAAAGCCGUGGAUUAGAUAAUCUCUCUUGUUUCUCUUACCCAAGUCUAUAAGCUACCAUAGCUCUAGCUUGAUACGCAAACCCGAUCCCGAGUAGUUCCUAGCUUGUGUUGAAAAUGAGAUAUUAAUUAUGCCGUUGAACAAAUUCUAGAACACUGAGGAAUGUAUAAUUUCAGGCGUCUUUGAGGAUGCAGCUGGAACGCGCUUGUCCGAAGCGAUACUUUGAGUUCAGUUCCAACAUGAUAACAAGAAAAGCCACUGUAAGUUGUGAAAAGCGUAAAAGUUGAAAAUCAUGAGGAACGAAAAUUAGUGAUCCAUGAACAGUUUCAGCAACACUGUCUCUGAGUGAUUCUCAAUCUUAAAAACGUUGAAUUCUUUCAAGAACUUCUUAAUGUUCACCGGUAUACCGAAGUUGCUCCGAAAGAGUACUAUUUUUCAUUUUGGAGCAAAUUUCGCUCUGUGCGAUGUUUACAGUAGCCGUGCACGCAAUGUUGCGGACGUCUCAUUAGACUCGCAUUUUGUGAAGAAUAACCGGCUAUCUGCUUCAAAUUAAGAGCUCCUUUUCUGAAAAAACAUUCAGUCAAACAAAAAGCACUGAUAAUGAAGGAAACACAAAAUAUCGCAAUCGUAAUCGAAACCUGCGUAAAAUCAUCAUUUUUCACCAGAGAAGCAUUUUUGCGAACAAAGUUUGCAAAUUACUUAUGAAUAGAGACUUUCAAGGACGAAAAGAACUUUGGUGACAACAGAAAAAAUUGAAAUUUGAAAGAAACGAAGAAAAAAGCGAAAAUCCGAAAAAUGGCCAAGCGUGUUGUCCAUAGAGCAACUUUACUGCAAAGCGCCCUUUUCGCGGGAACUCAAACUUUCCUCCCUCCGACUUUGAAUCAUUUUUUUCUCUACAAAACUAGGAAGUCGGUACGUUUCCACGUUGACUGUUCUAUUCGCAAUGAAAAGCUCUACAAAAUACUGCUUUAAACUGAAACACCUUUUAUCAUCGAGAAACUUGAAUAAAGCCCCCUUAAGUGACUGAAAGUAGAGGAGAGACCACAAUUAUGAAUUCGAAUUCAAAAAAAAGGCAUUUCAAACAAAAAAGUCCUUUUUUGCUGUACCUUUGGGACUUUCAAAAAAAAAAAAAAACGCUAAUAAAUUUAUCUUUUUCGCUUGGAUCUGGAGCGUUUGGCGAGGUUUAUCUUGCCGAAGUGAAUGGCAUUGGGAUUCGCGAAGUAAAAGUCGCAGUAAAAACCGUGAGUACAAUUAAAUGGGUGUUCUUGGAAGGAACUUCUCUUCUUGCAGUUACCGAAAGAUAGUCCUCAGUCGUAUGGUCACGGUGAAAAAAUGCUUAACGAAGCCCGAAUCAUGCUCUCUUUGAGUCACGAAAACGUCAUCGAAAUCUACGGAUGGGCGAUUGAUAAAAAGCCGUUUUUGAUUCUAUUGGAGCUGAUGGAGGGUGAGCGAUCCCACUUUUGGAAAUCAGUUCGAAAACAAAAACCAAAGCUAUAUAGUUCGUUCGCCGCGAGUUGAAAGGGCAGGACUUCUCUGUGCCCUCUUCAUCUCUAGACGUCUCUCUCAUGUUUACGUGAUAUUUCCAUUUUUCUCUGACCUCGCCGAUGAGGGAACAGAGAGACGCAGACGCGCGAAAACUCUCAAGUCGUGGCGGGCCGACUAUAUCAUUCAACUUGGCUCUCGACACUUGAGAAAAGAAAACUCUACUUAUGAAACUCUACGGUCCAUCUGUUGAGAGAUGAAAUUGAAUGAAAAUGCAGUCUUGUAGAAAAGCUGAAAACUCAAAGAGAAAAGCUAAUCCUCACGAAACGGUAUUUUCCAGGCGGCUCUCUGGACCAUUUUCUUAUCACAAACUUUGACGGGUCGAACAACUCCCGACUGCUGAAAUUUUCGCUUGAAGCGGCAAGAGGACUAACUUACCUGCAUCAGAGGAACGUGCUGCACCGAGAUGUGGCUGCAAGAAACUGCUUGCUCACUUCCGAUCUCACGGUUCGAUCGAAAUUAUCGACAGACACUGGAAAGAAGUAUUUUCUAGGUUAAAAUUUCGGAUUACGGGAUGGCAGUACCCGGCAGCUUCUUCUAUAUGAAGACCGCGGAGAAGUUGCCAACCCGAUAUUUGUCGCCAGAGACAUUAUCUCUUUUCCUCUUUUCGUCCGCUUCUGACUGCUUCGCCUUCGGCGUUAGUUGACUUCCUUAGAACUCGAAAAAAAAAAAUGGAUUCUUUUAGAAUUUGAUCUACGAGAUCUUUUCCGGAGGUAUGAUGCCCUUCGAGGAGUUGAAUUCGAGCGACGCAAGAGAAAAGGUCUGGUCCAUUCAAAUCUUUUUCAGUUGCAGGUGAUAAGAGAAAGCGGAGUCACAAAAAGAAAAACUUGGACUUUUUGAAAGCUUCUUACGUAUCCAAUCAAAAGAAACAUUUUUUUUAAAAAAAAAAUUGCUUUGACUUAAUCUACAAGGAGCAUAAUUUUAUAGUGAAAUUUGGAGUUUUCAUGAAAUUGUCCAAACACAAUGAAGAUCCUAGUGGUUACUCUCGCAGAGUUGAAGCUUCCGGUUAAUGUCGGAACUCAAAUUUCACACACAAUCAAGAUCUAGACUACGUGAUAGCGCAAACAUGUAGGAAAUCCUGAAAAAAAAAACCACUCCGUUUUUGUCAGAGGCAAAAUGCUGAGUUCAGAUCUUGACUGGCGAAAUCAACAAUUUCGAAGACACCCGCGCUCCGCCGGCUCUUCGUUCCUACGUCGAACUCAAUCUAUGGGCGUAUUGCAUGAAAGACCGUACGGAUAUGGACACGGUUUCAAAGUUUAUUUGGUUGGACCUAAAGAACAACUUCAGACUCUGAAAUUUCUCAAGGGUCUCUACAGGGAAUGCAAGGUGGGUUCAUCUGUCUACAAUAGUUUCUGAUUCAAAUAUUCCUUCAGAUGGAAGGGGGGCCCAAGACCGUCACGCAAAAAACCGAAGGGAGCCUGGUGAGUUCAUAUAGUCUGAUCAGACUUUAAAUGUCAAGUCCUCGCUCAAGCUCCGCCCCCUCAUGGCGCGGUGAACCAAUCGGAUAGCGAGCCAUCCACAGCUCGGCAGGAAUUAUGCUCCGGGCAGACCCUAUCUGGGAUGCGGCCUUUAAAUUUUUCGGUGCUUUUUUUCUCGCACAUUCAGGGGCAGAACCGAGCGCGGUGACAUUUUAUUGCGCAAUGACCUCGAGAGUGGAGUUUUCGAAAUUCCGAGUCAAUUCAGUGCAAUUUCAGGGGAGAAAGCGAGCGAAAAAAAGCGAAUCUCAAAUCUGUAAUUUUUCUCAAAUUCAAUUCUAAAAAUUUUUAUUUAGUAGAUCUUUUGAACUUAAAUAGAAUCUGCAGCUAUCGUAAUAGCUUACCUCUUUUGCGCCCCAUGGGAAUAGGUUAAGUCGCACCGUUGAUAAUAAUUUUUUUUUUCUUGCAUUUUGAAUUUCGUGGUCAGCACUGUGCAGCCUCUCCUUUCGCACGAAAAAGACUCGAAAAUGUUACGGUUUGUCACUACCACUUGCAAAGUGCAAAAGAUGGGGAAAAGAGAGCAAAUUUGGGGGUUGCACCGGGCCGAGGUGUCUGCCGAGAGCGUUUUCGAAGGACGUCAUUCUAUAGUCAAUUUUUCCCGACUUGAAAGGCGAGGGGGGCGACGCAAGGGGCGGGACGCGUAGCGUGUGCAUGUGCGGCUCUUGGCGCCAGUUCAAUUUAAAGGCAUAGGGGCCGUAAAAAACGGGGUUUCCGGUGAAAGCAGUACCUUAUAUAGUUUUUCAUUGCGAAUCGAACUGUGCUAUCGAAAAAAUUACAAAUGUGACUUCUUUUGAAGAAAAACGCGAUUUUACUUUCCCGCCUUUAUUUUUGAAAAAUGCUUUGGAUUGGUGUACGAGCAACUGUUUACAGUAGCAUGCACGCAAUGUUGCGGACGUCUCAUUAGACUCGCAUUUUGUGAGAAAUAACCGGAUAUCUGCUUCAAAUGAAUUUUUUCUUUUCUGAAAAAACAUUCAGUCCAACAAAAAGCACUGAUAAUGAAGGAAACACAAAAUGUUGCAAUCAUAAUCAAAACCUGCGUAAAAUCAUCAUUUUUCACCAGAGAAGCAUUUUUGCGAACAAAGUUUGCAAAUCAUACAUGAAUAGAAAGCUUUUGUGACGAAAAGAACUUUGGUGACAACAGAAAAAAUUGAAUAUUGUAAGAAACGAAGAAAAAAGCGAAAAUCCGACAAAUGGCGAAGCGUGUUGUCCAUAGAGCAACUUUACUGCAAAGCGCUCUUUUCGCGGGAACUCAAACUUUCCUCCCUCCGACUUUGAAUCAUUUUUUUUUCUACAAAACUAGGAAGUCGGUACGUUUCCAAGUUGACCGUUCUAUUCGCAAUAAAGAGCUCUACAAAAUACUGCUUUGAAUCGCCGCCGACUAUUUAAAAAGCUCGGCAACCGCUCUUUCUCUGUAUUUUCUACUACUUUUUGAUUCACACAUGAACAUAAUCAAAAAAUAAUUUUUAAAAAAAAGGAAUGAAAAGAGCGAUAAAUAAGCUCUCUGAAUGCUCUCUGGCGGUUGAAUUGAGCUCGUGCCAAGAGCCGCGUACGCACACGCUACGCUUCCCGCCUUUCAAGUCGGCAAAAAUUGAUAAUACCUGAGAUUCAAAAUCUGAACUGACUAUACGAGCUCGAUAACAGGAAUCGUGCAAACUUUUUCGAAGCUUUUGUGAUAAAUUUAGUGGGAAACUUUCCAGAAAACCAUGAUUCGUGAUUUGAAUCGAUAAAUGACAUGCGGAAAGGUGACGAAAUAAAGCAACUCUGGAAACAAAACAAAAAAACCAAGAAUUAAGUUCCAUGACAAAACUUUCUUAUAAUCUGAGUUUUUUUUAAAUCGAGCAAUGAACUUCUAUCACUACAGGCCAAUGAGGAAGCGGUGCCCGUUAAGAAUAAAGUCUCCACAAAAAUCCGCCGUCGCAAGCCCGUGAGCCGCGCGGUCAGUUACGCCUUCACCUGGACCAUUUUGAGAGCUUUUUUUUCAGGAGAUAAUGGAGGACAUAUGUCCUACUCAAGAAGACACGGCCGCCAACAAUGACUGA